AUAAACAUAUUCACAUGAUGAUAAAGUCAUCAAAUUUGACAAAAAAUGAUUGUUCAAAAAUUAAUUUGACAACAUAAUAUUCUUUAUCAGUUAAAGAGCUGUUGUAAAAUGAUAAAGUCUUAGGGCAAUUUUUUAGUUUCUAUCAUUGAAAAUACAUUUAAGGCGUACAGUGUGUAAAAUAAAUAUAUACAACCGUAGGUAAAGAACAUAUUGAAAAAGAUUGAUGUGCGAAAUGAGGGGAAAAUGAGAAAAAUUAACGGCUUAGAUUGUAAAAGUGAUUUAUGAUCGUCAGAGAUAACAAAUGGCAAAAAAUAUACAAGAUUUGACAAAAGUUAUUCACUGAUAAAUGGAUUUUCGGUGAAGAAUAGACAUUAGCUGUCCGGCAGUGAUAGUAUUGAAUUGUUUGACACUUAACGAUGUAACAUUUUUUUGCUUUUAAAAAAAUAUUUUGAUUUUGGAUUGAUUAUUCAAACUGGAUAGGCUAAAAGCUUUGUUUGUACUUUUGGUUAGCAAUAUGUCAAGUUUCUGAUUUUAAACGGAGGACAGGAUUGGAAAUUUUUGUAAUUGAAGUUAAAAUUGCGUUGUUUUUUUCACCGGAUUAGAGGAUUUGAUAGUGAAGCUUCUGUGUGAAUAUUCGUGUAUACAUGUGUUCAUGCAUUCCAUUUUGAUACUAGUUCAAAGUUAUAACAUCCAGACUUUAUUGGAAAUGUAAAAAUCUUACUCUUGUAAGGAUGUAUACAUGUACAUAAAUUAUGUACAGAACAAUAAUUAUAUCAAUUAAAUAUUGAUAUGGUGGGUAAAUGUACCAGGCGGCUGUAAAAUCCACCUGAAAGCAUCAUCAGUGUUGUAUAUACACACUACGUUUAAUUAUUUGUUUGUGCACUUUUUUUACUAAUUUGGAUGAGAAUCAAAAGUUUCAGCAGACAUGGAAACACUGUCUGAUACGCAAGUAAUAAUAUUGAUGAUGUGUACAACACUUUAGUUCGUUGUUUGCAGAAAGGAUGGUUCAAAGUUGGCUAUAAUAUACAUUAUUUUCUGGAUAUAUUGGAAAUUUGGUACUCUGUAAAACCAUGCCGUUCAAACUGAGAAAGUUACUACGGUUACGCACAGAUGUCGACAGUAUGAGUUCUUCAUCGAAGAAGGAUGCUGUUACAGCUCGUAAUAAGCCUCCUUCUGGUAACAAGGUAGCAGCACCACCUACCAGCAUGAAGGAAUCCAAGUCAGACAACUCCGGUUUCACUACUCCUACUAAGAAGCAAGCACUGGCUGGAAAACCAAUGAACUCGCCUUUCGGAAAACCUGGCGUUGGAUCACCUUUAAACAGAAACUAUUUGAGUAAGAGUCACGAAAAUUUAACUACGCACCAAAAACAAAAAUUAGGGUCGUUGCAGACAAGACCGAAAUCAAGUCUUGGAUUACCGGAAGCAAAAAGGAAAGGUGCUAGUAAUAAAGAAAAUGUACAGAUUAAAGAUAAAGAAGGAUUUCUUAAACCAAAGCCGCUAAAGCCAAGUAUGACCAGUACACCAAUGAGGAAAGCAUCUAGUCAGCAACAGAUUGAUAAAAUGGGUACGGGACAAUCAACGAAAAGUUUGGCGAGUAGUUCAAGCAAAAUGAACAAUAUGAAACGGGCUCAUAGCACGCAAAAUGUCAGUAAAGAGAAGGCAGUGAAAAAGCGAACAUCGGCAACUCCUGAUGUGAUGGCAUACAAUGCAGAACUGUUAGCAAACUUUGAAAAAGAAAAGAAAAAUCAAGAUGCAAAAAUAUCUGAACUAAUUCAGUUAGCAGAGAGUCGGAAAAUGGACAUUGAAAAGUACAAAUAUGAGAUUAAGACGUUAAAGGAACAGACCCCUAGUCAUGAGUUAGAGGAAGAGGUACAGAUUUUACGAACUCAAAAUGCAGUAUUCAAAGAUCAGUUGAUAAAACUUGGAGUUCCGAUAGAGUCACAAAUAACGGACGCAGAGAAGCUUAGCCUGAUACAGAGUCAGAAAGAGGCGGAAUGUAUGAUUCAAACUAGUGCGAGUUGUGAUAGUAUGUCCACAGAUGGUCAUCCAAUCUCUAUGAUGCCAAUGGUGUUAGGGGCUGGUAUGAAACGUUCACCAUCCAUUACAAUGUCAGAGCCAGGUAUUUCGUUUGGAGAUUACUCUCGGAGCAACCCUGACCACUCAUCUCUAGAUAUACAUGGUAAAUGGGAAACCCGUAGUAAAAGCAGUGAUGCUUUGAGUGAUAUCUCUGUGGCAAAUCUUACAGAGCGAAUUCUUCAAAUGGAGGAAACUCACUACAGCACUAAUGAAGAACUUCAAGCAACUUUACAGGAAUUAGGCGAUCUGCAAGAUGCUGUUAAUGAACUUACUGAAGAAAAUGAAAGACUUGCAGACGAACGAUCAGUAUUAUUAGAAUCUCUUUGUACACAAACUGAAAAGCUAGAACAUUGUCGGACACAAAUAGAACAGUUAAAAUCUUUGUUGAUAAGUGGGGAAUUACCUGAUAAAUCGGAUAGAGAUCAGCAUUUGUUGGGACUUCUGAAAGGUGCUCAGGAUGAGAGGGAAGAAUUUCUAAGAAAACUUCAUGCAGCUGAAAGCGAUGCCAAAGUGUAUCGGAGUCACACAGAAGCAGUACGGGAAAAAUCACAGCUUCUGGAGGAUAAGAUCAGUGCUCUACGAUCAGAGAAAGAAAAUUUGGAGAAACAGCAGAUGGAAAUGAAAGAAACGCUCGCAAAUGAAAAAAUUGAAGUUGCUCAUUUUAAAACUCUUCUAGACAAUGAGAAAACUAAGGUGCAAGAGUUAGAAUCAUACUGUAAAGCUAAUGAUCAAAGUGAUUUAGAAGAGUUAUUGCAUAAUACUAGACAAGAGAAAGAUAAACUUGAAGAGAGACUUGCAGAUGUGCAAGAUGCUUUAGCUCAUAGUCAGAAUGAAGUUACAAAGUUGAAAGAUCAACUCAUUAUUAAGGAAGAAGAGGUUAAAGGGUUUAUUAAUAAUGCAAAGUCCCAGGUGAUUGUUAUGGAGUAUAAACUUGAGCUAGUCAAAAAAGAUAGAUAUGACUUCCCAAAAGAGCUGGAAAUUUUUCGUGAACAUAUCGCCAGUUUGAGCAAGAUUUGUGAUUAAUUUGAGGAGAGAAAAAAUUACACGGCUAAAAUACAAGAACUUCAAGGAGAGGUAAGUGUAAUGAGGCAGUUAAAGGAAGUUGCAGAGGCAGACUUGCAAGAAAUCAAACUGAAACAUGAAGCUGAAGCAGAAGAUUGGAAACAGUUUCAGAAAGAUCUGCAGUGUGCUGUUAGGGUAGCAAAUGAUUACAGAUCAGAGACAGAAGAAGAUGUAGAGAAACUGAAGUCAGAUAAUACAUCUUUGAAAGAAAAGUGCCAGUCCCUGCAAACAGAAAUUGACAAGUUAAAAAGUGAAAUUGAUGCAUAUAAGAUUCAAGAAAAAUCUGGGGCUUUUGGCACUCAGAAAUCAUCAAUUCUUUCAUCAGCUGAACUUAAAGGUAAAGUUAUAAGUACAAUGGAUAAAGAACUUUUAUAUUUACGCGAAGGAGGUCGAAGGAUAGGGGAGAAAACACAACAAACGCUUUCUGUCAAAAAUCUAAUCCGCUCUAUAGAGGAACAAGUGAAAAGUGGUUGCUCAUCAAUUCAUUCUAGUUCAUGUAGUUCGAGAAGAAAUUCUGAUUCGGAGUCUUCAUUGGUUGGCAUAAGAGAAUUUAAUGAAAUCAUGAAAUCCCCUUCAUCGCCUGUUGGUGAUCAAGGACUACUGUCUCCAGAAAAUGGUACAACUCCAUUACGCUCAGUUCUGAAACGUUCAACUGAACGUCCCUCUCCACUGCAGCGACACUCUAUGGGUGGUAUACCGUUUGAUGUAUCGAAUUCCCCGAGUGAAUCACCGAAGUCUGCUCCACCAAUCUCGAGAAAUGACACUCCAACAUCUCUGACAGCCAUUCUGUCAAGUAGGACGCCUUCUAGACGCAGCAGUGGAGUAAAUAGUCUUGAGCCAGGAGCCAGUGACAGGAAGGAGAGUAGUACCAAGGACCCAUUAGCGGGUCUCGCCAAGUCUUUCAAAGGAUCAAAACGUAAUGCAUUGCUCAAAUGGUGCCAGCAAAAGACAAUCACUUACAGUAAUGUUGAUGUGACCAACUUCAGCAGCAGUUGGAAUGAUGGACUCGCAUUCUGUGCCCUGAUACACAGUUACCUACCAGACAAGAUACCAUAUGGUGAACUCACUUCAGAUGACAAGAGGAGAAAUUUUACAUUAGCAUUUAAUGCUGCAGAAACUGUGGGAAUCCAUUCAAACUUGAACAUCAAUGAUAUGGUAGCCAUGGAGCGACCUGACUGGCAAGCCGUGUUCACCUACGUUACAGCUAUCUACAAACAUUUCGAGGUUGAUAACAAGGGAUCAGGUUGAUUGCAGCUACGACAGACAGGCAGUGUUAUCCAUUCUUACAUUACAGAGAUAUAAAAAUAUUUCAUGAUGAAUAAUUGACAAAUAUACAGCUUAUUGCACUAAAGAACUAAGAUCCCCCUUCAAUAUCUGCACAAACAACUGACAGUUGUGUAAUACCUGACAGUUUUGGUGAAAAAUUUGAAUUUCUUCGUUCACAUGGAUUUUGAUCUAAAAUGUUCACGUAUUCAUAUGAUAUGUGAUUUGGUGUUUGCUUUCUAACAACUGCAGUUUUGCUUUGCGAGUCUCUUACUGAUCAUUCUUGCCGUCCUUUCAGUAGGGAUGGUUACUUCUAGAUUAUUUUGAAGGCAGCUUUUUCUAUGUGGUAGAACUUAUUAUGCCAGAUAGGAUCCUAAUGGAGGUUUAUGUAAUUGUUUUUGUAAUUUUGUUUGUUUAGGUAGGUUUACAAGCAGUUAAUAGUUGAAAUCCAGAUGCAUUGAACUUGCUUUUUUUCACUGGUGUGCAAACACAGUCAUGUUGUAGAGCUGUUGAAAUUUUGUUAAUUUGUGGUGUAAAUCUCUCAUAACUAUUACUGUCAACAUGAAAUUUUAUCUGUAAAUACGAAUAAGCAUUUCAGCAUUAACUGGAAAAAUAACUAUUUAUAGCCAUUCAGAAAUAGAUAGAUUUCGUUCAGGAUAGCUUAAAGCAUGAUAGAUAUACCAGUACCAACUACAUUUGUAUUUAUAACAUUGAGCCUUUUCACUGUAGGGUCAGAUUUUGCUUGAUUUAUUACACACCUGUUGAUUUUCUAUUUUAGUGCAUUGUAAAAUCUGUUUUAUUCUUUAACCUGUGUGUCUGUUUAAUUUUAUAAUGAUGGUUGUAUGCAACGACUCCUACAUAUUGUUUAUGAUGUAAAAGUUACAAAAUAAUGAAAGUCAAUGUGCUUCAAAAUUGUCUGUGGGGAAAAAAGUGAAUGAAUGAGUUGGUUUCUGUGGCAUUUUGUGACUCAGUAGGUCAUACCAUGCUGGAACAAAGCUGGAAAUAGAUUAAAUAAGUAAGGCAGAUUUCUUACGUACUAACAAUGCUAGUCCGUUAAAUUCAGGGUUUAGUCCAUUUUUGUUAUAAAUAGUUUUAUCUGAAAAACCAUGGAGCUGGUUUAGACUCAGAAAACUCAUAUGUAUAUUAUAUAUAUAUUUUAAUCUUUUAUCAGAUACAAAAAAAGGACAUUAUUAAAGUGCUCACAAAAUCAGUUUAUUUUUAAUAGUAAAUUUACAAUAUUUAAAAAAAAAACACCAAGUUAUUUGGUGUAACAUGUUCACAGUAAAUCUCUGAAAGUGUAAAUAUAUGAAUUACUUACCUGCUGUAGCAUAAUUAUGUUUUCUAAGAGAAAGAGAAGAGAUGGCAUUGCAUAAUCAUUAGUUUGUUUCCAUUUGAUAGGGGCACAUAAAAAAUUCAAAGUUUUUUUUUUAGGAUAUUGUGGUAAAAAAAAAAAACUGUACCAAAAGGCAUAAAUCAGUAUUAAUUUAGUGGAUAUUAAUAAGUUAUUAGCUUUGUAUCGGGAAAUAUGCAUGAGUUCUGUAGCGAAAAAUAUUGUGCGACUUUAGGAAUUAAAUAUUCUUCCGUGGAAAAAGGAGUGCAUAUUUCUCGAUGCAGAGAUAAUAACCUUCUUAUUACAUACAUAUCUACACGCAUAAAUGUCAUGUAAACAUUAUGAAUGUUCAGUAGCCUGAAUAUGAUUGACAAUACUGAACUAAAUAAAAGAAAAAAUGCAACAACACACAUUAAAUUACAUCAAACACCUGAUAUGAAAUUCAGGCGUGGGUGUAUGGAAAAAUAUUGAUGUUUCCAUAGUAACUUACUGGGGAAUAGAAACGAGUAUGUAAUAAAUAAUGAGUAUAGCAGGGAGCAUGUCUGUUUGAUCCACCUUUUCUGUAAUAAGUUUUUUCCCUGAUUUCUUGUUCAGUAAAACAAUGCCAUAGAUAUUAUAUAUUAUCAUUCUUAAAAAACUCUUGAGGGUAAAAGUAGAAACUUUUUAAAUAUUCAAAUUAGCUUGAUUAGUUUUAAAUUUUGAAUUUAUUGCCAAAUAAAUAUUUUUUUGUUGUAAUUUCAGCCAUCUAUUGACACCAACAAGCUAAAAAAACAAGCAUUUUUGACUUUAUUUGAAAAUAGAUUGAAAUAAAAUUUUACGGCUGCCUUGGUUAGCAAAAAAAAGUAAUGUUUCCGGGAUCAGUUUUGUAAAAUUCUUUUUGAAAUUCUGAUUUUUUCCAAUUUUUGCAGUUGGAGAAAUGCAUUUUUGGUCAAAAGAUUUACUUUAUUAAAUAUAUUUUAGAAAUUCAAAAAGAUACAUCGCCCGUUUGAAUGAUAUAUUUUAUAUCGGGGAUCUUGCAAGGUAAAGCCUUUCACAGUUUAAGUGGAUCAGACAAACAGUAAAUUAAAUUUCUUUUUAUUUGCUUGACUGAUUAAAGAAUAGGUAAAGCUAUUUUACUCUCUCAUUCGUCACAUCCUUGUCCCAGUUUGGUUAUGUUUUGUAUGUAAGGUGGAAUCUCAGAAACAUGUGAUGCUCUGACAUGCAGUACACAGGUUCAGUUACCAUGUUUUGCAGGUUUACAAAGUUAUCUCCUUUUUCGACUUAAUAGUUUGGUUAAGGAACUUUACACACUUGUCCACUACAAUGAUCUGAGAUGCAGUGCAUAGGCCUCAUAACUUGUUUUUUUCUUUUUAACUAAGUUAUGCCUCUUAUUCAACUUUGCAACAGUUUGGUGUAAACAAUUUUAUAAUUCAGCACCAUAAGAGGGGGAAAUUCAAUGACUCAAAACUGUUGCCCCCAUUGUACUUGUUUAUGUCUAUGUUUUCAUUAUUUUUAGUAACAAGACUUUCGAAAAGUUGAGCUCUUGUUCAUUGCUACUUAGAGGAACUCUUUUACAUAUUACACAAGUGCUUUGUAAAUAUCUAUUGUUUAGAACUCACUGAAACACUUCUUUCAUAUUUUUUGUUUACAAUUUCUAAUUAAUGAAGAAGAUGCCCUAAAUUUAGAGGUGUACCCCUUCAGACAUAUGAAAAUCAGUAACAGAUGUUGCACAGAACUAUGAUCAGUAUUACUGAAACAGCAUAAUUUUUUGUCAAUGUAUUACUUACUACUCUGAAGUGUAUGGCUUACUGCUAGUCAGCUGUAGUAAAAUAUUAAUUGUUUUUUAUUUAAAGGGAGAGGAAGAUUGUUCUAAUGUUGUUUCUUAUGAGAUGUCUUCUUGUUUCUUUUAAGGGAGUGAAAGAAUUUUCAAAAUCAACAUAAAAAUGAAAGAGUUACGAGUAUUUCAGUAUUUGAUUUUAAAAAGGCAGCCAUUUUGUUUCCAUGGUAACAUUAAUUAGCCCCUUUUUAUUCAUUUUUAGAUUUUUAUUUGAACAGUAUUUCCUUAAUUCUGUAAAACAGUUUCUAUACUUUUUCCAACUAGAACAAAAGAAAUUGUCAUGCUUUACAUCUUAAACUUAAAAACCUUUAGAAGUUUAUCUAAUUAAAAUGGUAUAUUUUGAAUGUAUUAUCCAGCAGUGUCUAAAUGAUGCCAUUAACACACUUGACUGGCUGCCUCCAUGAUAAGCCAUUUUUUAAAAUUUCUGACUAUCCUAUCUCCUUCAAUUGUGAUCUGAUUUUAAAUAUUAUUUUAUUGUGAAAGGCUUGAAGAUGGCCUUCUUAUAAAAUCAAGUUAUUAAUUGGCUUUCCUUCCCCUUUGAUACAAAUGUUUAGUUUGUUACCUUGCAUGAAUAAACUGACAACAGUUACUGACAGAACAGAAAGACAGCUUAAAGGGACUUGCCUCAAGAUUAAAAAAAAAGAAGUGAUUGUGAGAAAAGAACUUUUUUAUAUUAGUAAAUUGUUAACAUAAAGUGAUACCAGUCUAAUAGUAAAGGUUUUGACUGUAUUUUAUUCUGUGCAGAGAAAAUAUAAACUUGAUCCAUAUUCAUGUAUGAUUUUUAGUACUCUACCAUAGUGUACAUCUGUUUUGGAAAUUAUGUUUUGAUACUGAUCUUGAAGCAAGUCCAUUUAAUUCUAUUUAGUUUAUUGUGAAGUCUCGUGAAUAUAGAAAGAAGAGAUUAUUAAGUAGUCAGUGUACAUUCUUUAUUUGUCUUUUAUGGAAAGUAAACUUUUCUUUUGUGUCAGCUGUAGUUUUACUGGGGUAGCAGAAUUCCUGAAAUUUGUUUUGCCAACCUCCAGAACAGUGUGUAUGUAUUAUGUGUUUUAAGUGCAAUAUACUCAAAAUCAGUUUUAUUCACGUCCAUUUCUUUCUCAUUUCUGGCAUAAUCAUUUUGUGUUUUUUUUAAUGUAUUUUGUCUUAUGUGUGUUGCAUUUCUUUCUAUUGAUAAUACAUAUUAAAAAGAUGCAUGUGA